AUGACCUCCUUCAUCAUCAAAGCACACGAGAAACGUACACUCCCGCCUCAAUGGGCUAGCACCGACGCGGGCUGCGUCUUCUGCAAGAUUAUACGCGGCGAGGCACCCGCAUACAAGCUGUAUGAGAACGACAGGGUCGUCGCAAUUCUAGACAUCAUGCCUCUACGCGCCGGCCACGCCCUGGUGAUCCCAAAGGUGCACAUCCCGCGCGUCUCUGAGCUGCCUGACGAGUUCGCCGCGGAGUGCGGCAAGGUGGUCUCUAGAGUUGCGCGGGCCAUUGCAACAGCGGUCGAAAACACGGCCCUGAACGUCGUGUGCAAUCAGGAAUACGCACAGGCUGUGAAUCACGUACACUACCAUAUCAUACCUGCGCCGAAGCCCGGAUCGAGCGAGACCGCAGAGAAAAGCGAUCACGUCACACAGCCGCUCACGCAGAAGGAGAUGCAUCAACUAGAGUUCGAGUCUCGUAAUUACUUGGAGGAAGAUUCCGCGAAACGGCUUGUGGACAGCAUCCGCGCUCGUCUUUAGAAUGUAAUAUAUGCGCGGCACGUCGUA